AUGGCGGCUGGUACUCUUCUGAAGGAUAGGCGUGGGACUCUCUUGAUCAUGAACCGCGCAAAGGACGUUCACUUCGACGAGAAGGUCCUGCUUAUCAGCCAGGAUGGGGAGAAAACAAUACUCAACGAUCACACACAGCAAUCCGGAGAGCAGAAAGAGGAAAAAGAGGCCGGUAACAUUGAAUAUGAAUCUAUGAAUCCGGAGGUGCAAGCUGCAGUUAUCAGUGCACGCUAUCGGACGGAGCUAGAGGGUUCGGGUGGUGGCAGGGGUGUUACCGCAGGAGAGGAAGGGGGAUGUAUAAACGAGCACUUGCCGGAACGCUUCUGCCGUCGAUGUGAUGGGGAUUGCCGAAAUUGUUUGACGAAGGAUAAGGAUCGUUACUGA